UGGAGAUGUGUCUUUUAAACUCAAAACACCGAAGAACCCAGAACUUGUUCCACAGAACUACAUGACAGAGACUCUGGCCCAGUCUGUAGUCCACCAUUUAAGAUGGAUAAUGCAGAAAGAUCUUCUUGGCCAAGAUGUCUUUCUUAUUGGGCCUCCUGGGCCUCUCCGGCGAUCUAUUGCCAUGCAGUAUCUGGAGCUGACAAAGCGGGAGGUUGAAUAUAUUGCACUGUCGAGGGACACCACAGAAACUGACCUCAAACAGCGACGAGAAAUCAGAGAUGGCAGUGCUUUUUAUCUUGACCAGUGUGCAGUUCGUGCAGCUACUGAAGGCAGAAUCCUUGUUCUGGAAGGCUUGGAGAAGGCUGAGCGGAAUGUCCUGCCAGUGUUAAAUAAUUUGCUGGAGAAUAGGGAAAUGCAGCUUGAAGAUGGUCGUUUUCUCAUGUCUGCAGAUCGUUAUGACAAACUUUUGCAGGAGCAUACAAAAUCAGAGUUAGAUGCAUGGAAGAUUGUUCGGGUUAGUGAAGAUUUUCGAGUGAUAGCCUUGGGCCUGCCAGUACCUAAAUACUCUGGUAACCCUUUGGAUCCACCCCUUCGCUCUCGAUUUCAAGCUAGAGAUGUUUAUCAUCUGCCCUUUAAGGACCAUCUUCAGCUAUUAUAUUCAAUUGGAUCAAACAUUUCCACAGACAGAAUUUCUCAGCUUCUGUCUUUUGCUACAACUCUCUGCUCUCAAGAAUCUUCUACACUGGGACUUCCAGAUUUUCCUUUAGACAGCUUAUCGGCUGCAGUUCAGAUUUUGGAUUCCUUUCCUAUGAUGUCAGUCCAGCAUGUUAUUGACCGGCUUUACCCCUAUAAUCUUUUCCUUGGAAAGGAAGGUAGGACUGCAGUCAAAGACAUGCUAAAACGCUUUGAGCUUCAAGAUUCAGAAAAACUCUUGUUUCCCAGGAAGAUUACUAGAGUAGAAAGUGUACAUGGAAACAAACCCUUUAAAGCUGAUGUAACUGUCCAAAUUGGUGAAAAGGAAGUGACAUUCCAGGUUCCAGCUGGAACUGGAAUGUUAAAAAACCAUUCUCGAUCAGAUACUUUCAUAAGGACUUCCAGCCAUAAUCAACUGUUGGCAGAAAUGAUGCAGUCCCAUAUGGUUAAAGAUAUGUGUUUAAUCGGAGGAAAAGGCUGUGGCAAAACAGUUAUUGCGAAAGAGUUUGCUGAUAUACUGGGAUACAGCAUAGAACCUAUCAUGCUAUACCAGGAUAUGACAGCUAGAGAUUUGCUACAGCAAAGGUACACUCUUCCGAAUGGAGACACUGCUUGGAGACCGUCACCACUUGUCACUGCAGCUCUGGAAGGAAAGCUUGUUCUUCUUGACGGCAUUCAUCGAAUUAACCCUGGCACUCUAGCUGUGCUCCAAAGACUAAUACAUGACAGAGAACUGACACUCUAUGAUGGCACCAGGUUGUUAAGGGAAGACAGAUACCAAAACUUAAAAGAAGAAUUGCAGCUCUCUGAUGAGAAACUACAGGAAAGGUCAAUCUUUCCUAUCCAUCCUUCUUUCAGAUUAGUGGUCAUGGCAGAACCUCCUGUCAUUGGAAGUAGUACCCAACAAUGGCUGGGUCCGGAGUUUUUGACACUCUUUCUUUUUCAUAAUGUUCAACCUUUAAGCAAGAGUGAAGAAAUUGAAGUUAUUAAACAAAUGAUUCCAAAUGUACCCAAUGUUGCUGUGGAAAAGUUGUUGUCAGUAACACACAAGCUUCGGGAGACAAAUGAUGCCACCGCACAGUCGCUGGCCUCGUUUUUAUCUACUCGACAGCUGUUGCGAAUUUGUCGCCGACUGUCACAGCAUCCAGAUGAAAGCCUUUAUGAUGCUGUUAAUAAAGCCUGCCUUUCCAGAUUUUUACCAAACCUCGCCAGAUCAGCUUUACAUAAAAAUCUGCAGGAUUCUGGUAUUGAAACAAUUCCAGAGGACACAGAGAAACUAGAGGGAAAAGAUUACACAUGUGAAAUAAAAAACGGGAUUCUGAAGAUAGGGUCUGUGACCAUGCCAAUUUAUAACCCAUCAGAGAAAAUGAAAGUGCCAGAUGUUUUGUUUUAUGAAAAUGCACAACAUAUGAUGGUAAUGGAAGAUAUGCUCAAGGACUUCCUGCUGGGAGAACAUCUUCUUUUAGUUGGCAACCAGGGUGUUGGGAAAAACAAGGUUGUUGACAGAUUCCUUCACCUUUUAAACAGGCCCAGAGAGUAUUUACAGCUGCAUAGGGAUACCACUGUACAAAGCCUUACCCUACAACCUUCUGUAAAGGAUGGUCUUAUUAUAUAUGAAGAUUCACCACUGGUAAAAGCAGUGAAGUUCGGACAUAUUUUGGUAAUUGAUGAGGCGGACAAAGCACCAACAAAUGUUACCUGUAUCUUAAAAACUUUAGUAGAAAGCGGGGAAAUGGUUUUGUCAGAUGGAAGGCGAAUUGUUGCCAAUCAUGCUCGUGUAGAGGGAAGAGAAAACGUAAUAGUUAUUCAUCCUGAUUUUAGAAUGAUAGUUCUGGCAAAUAGGCCUGGAUUUCCUUUCUUGGGUAAUGACUUUUUUGGCACAUUAGGGGACAUUUUUAGUUGCCAUGCUGUUGAUAAUCCCAAACCACAGUCAGAACUGGCAAUGCUUAAACAAUAUGGUCCUGAUGUUCCAGAGGCAAUUCUGCAAAAACUGGUAGCUGCUUUUGGAGAGCUCAGAAGCUUAGCUGACCAAGGAAUUAUUAACUACCCCUAUUCAACUAGAGAAGUUGUGAACAUUGUAAAACAUUUACAGAAAUUUCCAUCUGAAGGACUCGCAAAUGUUGUCCGAAACGUAUUUGACUUUGAUUCCUACAACAAAGAAAUGUGUGAAAUUUUAUACAACACUUUGCACAAAUAUGGGAUACCUAUUGGAGCAAAACCGACCAAUGUACAGCUGGCCAAGGAGUAA